AUCACCGUGGACUCCUGUCCUUCGCAAGGCGCCUGCGCCGUUCCUCCCCCCCCCAACCCUGUCCCGCUGUGUCCGGCUACGACUGGUAAAAACUACAAUUUCCAGAGCCCUUUGCACCCAGACCUCGCCUCCACGAGUCAGAUGGUUCGGGUCAGGUGACAGAUGGCCCGCCCUCACACAAAGUCGGCGGCGGGGCCCCUAGAGCCGGGUUCAUUCCCAAGCCGCAUCUAGCGCUUGGUUGCUGCGUCCGGUGAGGUCCCUUCCUCGGAGCCUAGGAAGCCGUCAGUUCUGAGAAAUCAGAGAACAUGGUAAAGAAUUGGCUGCCUAUUUUUAUCCUUUUUCCCUUGAAGCUCAUAGAGAAUUGUGAAUCAGUGGCCAGCAUCACCGUUCCUCCCAUUGUGAAGCUGGAAAAUGGCAGCUCAACCAAUGUCCGCGUCACCCUUGGGCACCCAUUAAAUGAAACUCUGGUGAUCACUUUUGAAAUCACAUUUCGUUCAAAAAAUAUUACUAUCCUUGAGCUCCCUGACGAAGUUGUACUGCCUCCUGGAAGAACAAAUUCCUCUUUCCAAGUGACAUCUCAAAAUGUUGGACAAUUGACCAUUUAUCUUCAUGGAAAUCAUUCCAACCAGACCAGCACCAGGAUACUGUUCUUCGUGAUCCACAACAAGGCCAUUAGCAUCAUAAACCAGGUGAUUGGCUGGAUCUACUUCCUGGCCUGGUCCAUCUCCUUCUACCCUCAAGUGAUCAAGAACUGGAGAAGGAAGAGUGUCAUUGGUUUGAGCUUUGACUUCUUGGCCCUGAACCUGAUGGGCUUCGUGGCAUACAGUGUGUUCAACAUCGGCCUCCUAUGGGUGCCCUACAUCCAGGAGCAGUACCUCCUCAAAUACCCCAAUGGUGUGAACCCUGUGGACAACAAUGAUGUCUUCUUCAGCCUCCAUGCUGUCGCCCUCACUCUGAUCGUCAUCCUUCAGUGCUUCCUAUAUGAGCGAGGCAACCAGCGUGUGUCAUGGCCUGCUAUCGGCUUCCUGGUGCUCGCGUGGCUUUUUGUCGUAAUCACCAUGAUUGUGGCUGCAGUCGGCGUGACCACAUGGCUGCAGUUCCUCUUCUGCUUCUCUUACAUCAAGCUCGCCAUCACGCUGAUCAAGUAUUUUCCACAGGCCUAUAUGAACUUUUACUAUAAAAGCACGACAGGCUGGAGCAUUGGCGGUGUACUCCUGGACUUCACAGGGGGCAGCUUCAGCCUCCUCCAGAUGUUCCUCCAGUCCUACAAUAAUGACCAGUGGACAUUGAUCUUCGGAGACCCAACCAAGUUUGGACUUGGCAUCUUCUCCAUUUUCUUCGACAUCAUCUUCUUCAUCCAGCACUUCUGUUUGUACAGAAAGAAACCAGGGUACGACCAGCUGAACUAGUACCCAGACACACAAUAUGAACAACCAGAGCAUAGGCUCUGGUGGGGAAGGCUGCACCCAGCAAAGGCCAAAGAAGUGGUUGACAUGCAGGGCUGGCGCAAUAUGACAAACGAGUAGAAGCACUCUCUUACCCUGUGCCAAAUGCCUUAAAGUCAACCAGCCUGCUUUUGCCCAGGCUCCUCCUGGGCCAUGGAAGACCUCCCCUCUGAGACAGACAUCUUAAUGUUCUCUGAGACUGAAAGCGUCCUCAGGUGGUCCUCCCAGCCUCCCUUGCCUGGCCUUUUGGCAGAGGCGCCUAGCCCUCCCAUCUUGAUGCACCAUCUCUCUUUUCUUUAAGGCUUCAGGCAGCAUGCACGAGUCCUGACAGCCACCCCAGGCGGAACUGGGUGCCAAGCUUGCAACCGAUGGCCUUGCCCCAAACCACCAGUGUUUCUGGGAGCAGCUUGAAGGGCUAAACUUGCAACUGGGAGAGCCAAGGGUACUUUGCAGUCACCGCUGUGUUCCCAGGGACCAAGCAGCCAGGUGCUGUGGCCAAUGAACUCAAAGGUGCUGGUGCCAGUGGCACCGGGAGGGCAGUGAGGUUAGGUGUGCCUUGGGGGUCCUUUCUCUGAAGGCCAUAUUCCUAAUACUCUGCAGAACUCCUCCUCCCUAACUACAAAACAGGUGGUCCAGGCCAGGACCUGGUAAAGAGAAUUUCUGACCCCCCCCCCCCCCAAGGCUUACCAGAUAUGUUCUGAAGUGGCCCCAUACCCAGCACUCUCUGGAUCUUUAUCAUACAAGUUUCUUCCAGAAUUUUCAGGAGUUUUUCAGAAGGGACUUAACUUUCUUUUGUCCUCUCUUCUACCUCCACUUUCUGACAGUCAGAUGGGGCCCUGUUUGACCAGCCCCUUUACUCCUAAUGCUGCACUUACAGAGCACUUUCCACUAGCCUGUGCUUUAUGGGCCUGUCAGUCCUGCCAAAUGUAGAUGCCCUGGAGGGGUGGGCAGAUCCCUUCUGUCACCUCCCCCAGGCCCUAUCUGAGACUCCAAUUUCUUGGCUGAGGAAUGUCCAUGAACUGGAGCCCACCUCCUCCAAUAUUUCUGAGCCCAACCUGCUUGGAAUGUGCCUUUAAUUUGUCAAUCCACCUACCAGACCAGUGCAGAGCCCUGUGUGUGUGUGUGUGUUUUGAUGGGGCCUAUGUCCAUAAUUAAAACUUGGCUUGUCUCCUGUCUGUACACUCAA